GUUGUCCUGCCCUUUUUUCCCCUUCUCUUUCUCUUCAGUUCAGGAGAAGCUAAUCCCUCUAAGCACCACUCGCACCCAAGCAGCCAACGUCAUUGCGUAUCCACCAAGUCCCGAGCCCCCGAACCCGGACCCGACCCCGUUGAUCCAGAGACACACCCAAAAGUAGCAGCAAAACCACCCAGGUACCAGGCGAGUACCUGAAGUACCUGCUAAUUAACCAGCCAGCAUCAAGCUCUGCCAGGCCUUUUAUGGGCCUUGAGUCUCCAUCUUUUGGGGGGGCUUGUCCCCGGCGCAGGGAAGACCCGUCCUAGAUCUGACACGAAGCCACAGACUAAAAUCCUGUGUGCCCUGCGUAUUCCCUACCUUAGUAGCAUUUAGCUGAAAAGGGCUUUUGCCUGACUUUUUUUUUUCUUAGUUGACGCUUGCUGCCGUCUCUUCCACUCCAGUCUGAAGUCAAGUUCUCCGUUGAGCUCUCCUCAGUUUCAGUUUCUGUUCUUUCUUCACUUUUUUUUUUUGUUGCUGGCAGUCCCCUGACAUAAAGAAUUGUCCAUUUGCCGGCCCCCUUUUACAUACCUUUGUUAACCCGGCUUCUUACUUACCAGCUUACUUACUCACUGCCUUACCUGACCAAGCUUGCAUAGCUUAGCUCGCCUUGUUUGCCCUGCCUUGCAUUGCCUUGUUCUGUUUGAACUGUCACUCGUUUGCCACAAGUACCCUCUGCUGCCAUUCUUAGCAUAGGUACUCUGCCUUUUCCUGUUCCUCUGCUUUGCUGCAUGUAACGCUGGCGUUUGGACGAUCUGGUCACCUCUUGCAUUUACUUGCUAGGACGAACGAAUUGCAUUGCCCGUCAUGACGUCGAGCAGGUCCUUCCGGGCUUCUAUAAUGCCCUCUAUGCUACGAUCAAACACAGAUCCUGAUUCUUCAUCUUCUCCUCGAAAGAGCGUAAAAAAGUCAAACACUUCUGAUCUCGCUCACCUGCGUGGUUCAAACAUUGGGUCUUCAAAGUCCACCACAAACUUGCCUCAUAUGGGCUCCAACCCGCAGCAAGACCAAGACGCUGUACAACACAACCGUCCACGUUCCGCCGAGCAAAAGACUAUUCGUAAACACAACGACUCUACUCAAAAAGUGUCCUUGCCCAAAUCCCAGUCGACAACAAACCUCUCUCCCACCAAAGGUUCAACUCGCUGGAGAAAUCGACUUUCAUCUUUUCUUCCGUCGCUCGUUCUGCCAUCCGAGCCUUCGCCAAAAUCUGUACCAACACCUCCGGUACCUGCGGCGCCCUCCGCUCCCGCUUCCGCCGUUACAGCCGCUGUUUCUCCUGCACCCACCAAAUCUUCUUCUCCCACCGAUACCUCGACCACCACUAACACCGCUGCAACCCCUCCUACAACCGUUGACGAUAGCGCCUCGUCUACCACUCCCAGCAUCAUCGACCCCACCGUCCGGAUGACAAGCGAUUACCACGACGCCCUCACCCACCAGGCUCAUGGCCAAUAUCAGCCAAGCCAUGCUGGUUCCCCGCCUAGUCCGGACUCGAUCCCAACCCGUGGCAGCGACAGUCUCGAUGGCCCAUUAAACCCUCAGCCUCAGAUCAUGGCACCGAUUCCUCCAUCUCCAGAGGUCCAGAGAGCCACCAUGAGCCCCCAGGAGCCUAACAUGCCGCCCCCUCCGAUUCCUACUUCUCCUUCAGAUAAUGUCAGCAGUGGUGUUGGUGGAAAGUUGCGAAAGGAAAACCCCGCUGCUCGAUCACGAAGUGGCUCUCUCCAGCACACAUCCAGCAACUCCAACGGUGACUCCAUUCAGGCUCUGAAGACUCGACAGACUUCUCCAGCUCCUGAUCGUGGUCGCCGCGCAUCUUCAGUGCAGUCUCCCAACAGCCGCAGCAGCAACACCAAGAGCCGCGUAGUUUCUACACCACUCGCCAUCAGACCAGGUUCAUCAAAAGGUGAUGUGAGCCAGAGCCCAACGCGGGGUCGUCUCCGAAGAAGUUGGUUGCCUGGUGGAAGAUCGCGAUCAAACUCGAUGGACGUCUCCAACACAAACGCCUCAACCGCGUGGGUACUGUCCGACGAUACACAGGCCGAGUACAAUGCUUCGUUUCUCAAGAACGGAGAAAAGGUCCCAGAACUUUGGAACGAAAGCGGUGCUGUUCUUGUCUACCUUUACCCCAAGGGCAGUGGCUUCGGGCCGUCAUUCAAGGUUCAAGAAUUCACAAUCAGCUCGUCCUGGGUUUUCAAUGAACUCAUUCAGCGAGAGCGAGAGAUGCCUAUGGGUAGGGACCGAACUAGGAGCUUCAGUGGUCGCGACAGCCUGACAGCCGAAGAUGCGAACCGAUUUAUCUCCUCACCAAACUCCCCUCCUGUUCAGGAUGACGGAUAUGAUGACUGCCUCCACCUAUAUCUUCCUAAUGGAACUCCCGGUCAAGAAACAUCACCCGACAUGGAUCGCUUGAUUGCUAUUCGCAACCUGUUCGCCUUCUUGACCGGACAGCCUCUCGUUGCCACCAAGACUCGCCCUACCAACUUCCAUGCUUUCCUGGAGAUUUCAAAACUUUUGGAAGAAUACGGCUUCACGAGUUAUGAUGGAACCACGUUUGGAGACGCUGUUGAUCUCAGUUUCGAGUUUUACAUGGACCAGCAUGCUCUUGCAGACUGCCGGAACAGCCGGGAAAAGACUCUCGAGGCAUUGAUCCUGGGCGAGCGCAUGCGAUCAGCCGAUCUCUAUAAUGAGGCAUUUGCCCAUGCUGCGGGCAAGCUUCCAGCAAUCCAAGAUCUGAAACUUCCUCUCUGGAACCAGGUUUCAGAAAAGACUCGCACGAACUUGGAACGGGCUAGUACCGAUCUGAGUAACCGCCAGCACAACACCAAUAUGCACCUGGAGCAAUUCGAAUUUCCUGCACUUUUCUCUGGUAUUGCAAACUCAACUUCCAUGUCGGAGCUUAGAAGCGUCCGCUUCAAGGUGUGGAGACAGUCAUUUACUAAAAUGCGUAAUUUCGCUCUCAGCUACUACAAAACAGCAUUCGGCAACUGGCCACCCAAAGCCAGCAGCAAGAAGAACCCAUUCUCCGAGAGCGGCCUCAACAGACUUGUCCUCAAGGUUCUGUAUUCUGACAUGUGUGCUCUUUAUGACUUGCUCGUCGACCGCACCAACCGAACUUCGAGAAUCAUGGAUGCUGUUCCUGAACUUUCUAACGAUCCUGACAAGAUGAUCAUGUCUGCACUGCGAAACAUCAUGUCCGAAUUCGAUCGCUCGAAGCCGCCUGUUCUUCCUCCCAUUCCUUACGAUUGUCCGCAAUUGCCCACUGCAACAUCUAUCCUGGAAACUUACGAUACGCUGUCGCCAAAGAAACAGGCAAAAUUCGACAAGAACAUCAAGGAACAUGAACUCAUGCUCAUGUUGAACAAGGCUUACAAUUACGAUACCAACGCUAUCAAGGUUCCUUUCUUGGACAAGUUUAAGGAGUUUGAGCUUCGUGAGGCUCGAGGCAAGACGCCUCAAGAUUUUGCUGACCAGCGUAUCGGUUACUGGCUGUUCCUUUACGUUGUCAUCCAGUCACUUCCUGUCUUGGUUGUGGAUGCUCCAGGCAUGCAGUUCACCGAAGGUGUUGAGUACUUCCUCUGUGAGCCUCCUCUGGGUAACCCUCCUUGGGUUCCGGAUCAGCAAGUGAAGAAGAUGUGGUAUGAGGUGGCUGGCACAGGUGGUUUGGUCGAGCUCUCUCAAGAUGCUGUUCUUUUCAGCGUGGAGGCCACUUACCACCGAAGUCACUGCUGGCUUGCUGCUACCCAGUGGGAGAGCGGCGCUUCAGGAAUUCAAGCCCAGCCACCAACGGAACCUUCGCUGUCACCGUUGCAGCCCCCACGGUCCAUGUUCCUGGAUGAGGACUUUAUGCCCACACCACCACCAUCUUUCGGCAACGGCUACAACACUCCUCCAUCCCCCAUUGGUAGCCCUUCAGGCUCUCUUCGCCCUCGAACUCACUCACCCGGCGGAAAUCGAGCCAAUCAAGCUUGGCGAUCCAGUAUCGCCUUGGGAUUGGAGCCUGUACCUUUACAGCCCCCAAGCCCAUUCGGAGAACGUAGCAGUUCUCUUGGUGGACGUCCCCCCAGUCUUAUGAUGGGUUCGCGGAACUCAUCUGUGGGUAAUCUGGCCGCCUUUGGCCACCAGGGCUUCCCUCAAACUGAAUCACCUCCUCCCGAGCAGACGGGCGCAACCUUCGACGAUAUAUUGCGCAGCGAUGCCAUGAAGAAAGAGAAGAAGAAGAGCCGAUUUUUCUAAUCACUGUUGGUUUCCUUGGUCAGAAUUUGCCCAACAUCAUUCGAAGAGCUCAGGAGCUCAAUUCCUGUACACCCAGCUGCCGGGUUUCCCGUAUGCAUGCACAAUUUUCCGCCCGUGUUGGCGUGUUUUUAUCCAAUCACCCCAACUUUAAUGUGGUAACGACCGCCUCAGCCGAAGGUUUGUUUGCAAGUACCUUUUGGGCUGACUACCUUGCGAGCUGUUAUUAUUUCUCCUUUUCCUUUCCUUGACUUUCUCACAUACCUUUUUGGAAAGGAGGACGGGCGGAACAAGAACCCUAGCCCUUUUACUAUUUAACGACAUUUAGCAUGAGAAGAACAAAUUAAAAAAAUCUACACAGAUAUGUAGUCGGGACGGGAUCAUAACUAUCUAGUUUUAACCUAGACAUGGUUGAUAGAAACCAUGUCUUUAAUUGGCCGGAAGAAAAAAAAUGUUUAAUUGUCUACUUUUUGCAUAUGAGGCUUUGGCGUACAGCAGAUUUAUCACUAUGGCGAAAUAGGGAGCACAAGGGCGUUUAUUCGGUGGCAUCGGUAGCUUUAAUUACUUGAGCUAAAUACAUGGAUUCACUACAUAUACGUCUCUCUUUUUUCUUCUUCUUUUUGUCACUAUUCUUAAUAUUUUGGUUAAGCCAGAAUGGAAAUGCUGAU